AUGCACAAAUCCUUGUCUGCCCACUACAAUUUUACUGGUAUAAGGUUGGGAAAUCUAUACUGUGAUCCAAUAUCAGCCUCUGUUGGGCAUAAGAUCACUGCUAGAUAGUGAUGAAGUCCAAUCGCAUUGCAACUUCAAAUUCUUGAGAAUAUAUAUGAGCAAGGAACUGGAACACCAAGCAAGCAAAAAAAUAAAGAGAUAGCAUCUGAACUAGCACAACAUGGUUAAAUCUUUGAAACAAAUGUAUAUAACUAGUUUUAGAAUAGGCGCGCUUGAUCAAAAAGAAAGCUUCAAGCCUCUACAAGUUCAGUCAAUGCAAAAGCAGAAACAAAUGUGAGCACAAAAGAGAAAAUGACCAAACCAAUAGGUCCGGACUUCAUUGACAACAUUUCACAAGAAGUUGAAAGCUUCUAUUUCCAAGGUUCUAAUACAUGGAUUGAACAGUUGUUUGGUAAGGUGGAAUCAUCACGAGGCUAUGAUUCUUACAAUAAUCUAGCUGAACAAUUUAGGUUACUAGGAUGA